AGACUUUGUUCAACACCCAUUUUUGUCUUUUGAGGUUAUGAGUACUAUUCUCUCUUUUUGAGUUUCUCUUUAAUCCUUAGAUCCCGGGUUAAAGGAAAAAAAUAAAUAAAUUACUAAAAACAAUUUAGAAGAAAAUAAAACACAAGGAAUAAAUUUCCUUAGCCUUGUUUUGAGUUAUUGUUGAGAAAAGGAAUAAAGAAAAAAAAAAUAUUUGCAAAAUGUCAUUCACAGGAACUUUGGACAAAUGCAAGGCUUGUGACAAAACUGUUUAUGUGGUUGAUUUGUUAACUCUUGAAGGUAUACCUUACCAUAAAAACUGCUUCAGAUGCACUCACUGCAAGGGUUAUCUUACGAUGAGUACCUAUUCCUCAAUGGAUGGUGUCCUGUAUUGCAAGACACACUUUGAACAGCUUUUCAAGGAAUCUGGAAAUUUUAGUAAGAACUUUCAAACAGCAAAGCCUUCUGAAAAAUCAAAUGAUGGGAACAAGGCUCCAAGCAGACUCUCAUCCAUGUUUAGUGGAACUCUAGACAAAUGCUCAGUUUGUGGAAAAACAGUGUAUCCACUGGAGAAGAUGUCGCUGGAAGGAGAGUGCUAUCACAAGACAUGCUUUAGGUGUGCUCAUGCAGGUUGUCCUCUGACACACUCCAACUAUGCUGCCCUUGAUGGUGUCCUGUAUUGCAAGCACCAUUUCCAGCAGCUUUUCAUGGAGAAGGGUAACUACAACCAUGUACUCCAGGCUGCUAAGGACAAAAAGGUCAAUGCCACUCCACCUUCUGAACAAGCCGAUGCUGAAGAUGGCGAGAAGCCGGAGUCUGAGGAGAAGAAAGAGGAAGAAGAAGAAGCAGCUCAUGAAGAAGAAGAAUCUAAGGAAGAGGAAGAGGAAAAGAAAGAUGAGGACACUUAGAGUGGUUGUCAUGCAUUGGAGAAGCAUAUAUAUGAAG